AUAAACGUCAAAAAUGCUUUGUUUUUCACGUGUUCAUUGAAUUGCCGAACAUUUAUUUUGAUUUUUUGCCUGUAUCAGCACGUUGUGAUUGCACAGUACCGCGGUAUUUUCAUACACAUACACGUCAAAACUAUUGAUUAGGUUAUUUUUUUUAAAUUCAUUACAUCGACGAAAAGUGACAAAGACAAAAAAAAAUGUCUACAAAAAACAAGCAAAGAAAAAUGAAUGAAGAAGAGUCGGACGAUUCAUACAGUUCGGAUUCGAGUGGUGAUGACAAUGAGGCAUACACUGGAAACGAGGUGAUUCAGGUAGAAUUCGAAGGACGCAACCCGAUGACAUCAGAUUUUCAUGGUAUUCGCCAGUUGUUGCACCAGCUGUUCCUGAAAUCCGAUAUUAAUUUAUCGGAAUUAGCCGACAUAGUCACUGAUCAAAAUUUUAUCGGAAGUGUGGUGAUUCAGAGUUUUCUCGAUGGGGAAGAUGACGAGGACAGUGACGAUGAUGAAAAUACCGGCACGAAUUUUGACUCGUCAGGCACGAUUUUCGGUAUCACCACCGCUGUAAAUAUAUCAAAAUCGCAGAGUCAUGGUUGCAUCGAAGAUAUACGUAAGCAUCUACAGUCGAAAUGUGAUCAAUUUGCGCAGCCCGAAGUCAAGCAAGCCUUCGACAAUGCAUUGAAUGAUGACACAAAACAAACGGCACUUCUGAUCAAUGAACGUUUUAUCAAUAUUCCGCCACAAAUUGCGGUGCCAUUGCUUGAAAAUCUGCAGAAAGAAAUCGCUCGGGCCGCCGUCAAGAAAGAGAAAUUCCGAUUCAACAGCUACAUUAUGAUUGUAAAGUUUAGUCGAAAGAAGAGCAAAGGAAAGCAAAAGGAUCAGCCAGAGGAUAUUUUUUCGAAUGGCGAAGAGGAAAUCCUUGACGAAUAUGCCGAUACCAGUUUUGAAUACAGUGCCGAACGAGAGACCGAUUCAACGCUAUCAGGCAACUGGACAGAAAGUGAUAGUACGCUUGUGCCGCAUCGCAAAGUUGUUAUUUUCGAUGCAACCAAAUUACCAUUUGUAAUUGAUGCAAUCAAAGAAUUAAUCAGCGAAUAAACGAAAAUCAUUUCAAAUGUGAAUUCCAAAA